AUGCACCCUGAGAAAGGCUACAAGGAGGGGGGAAAAGCAACACAAUCUUCUUCAUACUCUUUCUAUGCUGCAUCCUAUGCUAUUGAUGGCAGCAAAGAAACUAAUGCAUAUUCCCACCCAUGUGCACACACAAAUCUUGAGAAUAGCCCAUGGUGGAGAGUGGAUUUAUGUGUUGUUAUCUCAAGCAUCCCUGCUGGUGCCUCUGUAAGCUACACUUGUAAUAUGCAGGGUCGUUAUGUGAACGUCAUCAUUCCUGGUCCUAGCCACAUUCUCACACUCUGUGAAGUGGAAGUCUAUGGUGUUCAAGUCCCUGUUACUAAGAAGGCAUUUCUGAGAUUAAAGUUUAACAGCAGUCAGGAUCUCAGCAACCCUAUCAUGAGGGACAAAGUUCUUCAAAAGAUCAAAUUUGCCAUUGCUCCAUCAUCAGAAUUUCAGGUCUCUUGGAGAAAGAAACCAGAAGUGGAAACUGAAGCUUAAAAAAGGUACAGACAUAUGAAGCUACAGCAAUCUCCUGGACAAUAUUUUUUUUUUUAUAUAAGAACACUAAUACUAAUACUAUUGGAUCUCAUUACAAUGAUCUCACUGAUUUUGGAGAUGCACUAAUCCAUUCGUCUAGUCAUCACAGACAUGACAGGUGCCAUUGUAAGGAAUGUUUUUCCAUUCAAAUGUUAGUAGAUCUAAUGUUAUGGUAUACAACAUAUACCUUUUUACUUUGUACUUUCUUGAUCAUGUCUACAUAGUCUUUUACCAGAUAUUUGAACGGACCGUCUGGGAUAGGUAUGUAGCAAAGAUAGAGGCAAAAAAUCUUCGUAAAUCAUGUUGGUCUCUAUGGCUAGGGCUGGACAUGAAUAUAAAAACGGCAGUGCAAUACACCCUUCUCCCUUAUGAAGACCAAUUCUCACCAUCCAAAUCACAGAUAGUUCCAAGUUGCCAAGGUCAUUGCCAAUGAGCCCAAAGAUGAGUGCAGUUGCACAAGGGAAGGUUACACUAACACAGGGUAUUUGUUGCCUGCCCAAAACCCAAAAUCAAAAAGUAGGUGAAACAGUUCCUAGAACUGGCUGGCUAUUGUUGUAGGUUUGUGCAUAUUUAUUGAAAUGCCACCAGACUUUCCUUUCACCAGCGUUUUGCAAAUCUCUUAUAAAAAGGAAAGAGAAGCUGCCAUUUGAUUUAGGAAAAGUGUCAUUUUGGAAAAAUUAAAAAAGGCUUUAGACCUGAACCUGAAUAGACAAGGCUAUCUUCCUUAGUUCUAAAAUCACAUUUUGCAUAAAUUUGCAUUACUCUAAGCACACUUUACGUGUGAGAUUUUACUUGCUUCUAUAUAUAUAUUGAAGCAAGUAAAAAUAUCAAGUAAAAUCUCUUCACGUCAUUCAGAAUACCAUACUUAUGGUUGUAACUUUUCAUUUGAGAAUCUUUCUUUGAGAUUCUGGUCAGUGUAGACAUGCUUGAACCAUAUAAUUUUAAAGACAAUAUUUUCCACAUUAUUAGCCAAACCUAGCCUCAGAUUCCUGUUCUUGUCUGACAAACAGGAGAGGAACCUAAUUUGGUUGUAGCUCAUCCGCAUUAACUUUGACAUGUUGUUUGUUACAAAAUGCUUUUCUUCUCACUUCAGUUGUAAAGAAUUAUUGUUUCUUUAACUUUUCUGUCAGCUUUGAGCAAUCUAGCCAUUAUCUUCUGUACUCUCAUAAAAAAAAAGGUAGUUUUUCUCUAUUCUCUGUAAACCGGUGCAAACAAUCAUUACUGAAAUCACAAUUUUUCAUCAUGCUGAUGGUUGAUAGGAAUAUAGACUGAAGCUCCUAUCGUAUCUGCAUGAUUUUAUGUAUUAUACUGCUUCCAAAUGAAUGAGCUUAGCUCUUGAUCCAACACACCCUGUAGAAGCAAAUAACUUAAGGAAUUUUGACUCACCUAAUGCAGAAUUCAUGCAAAAUACUAUUUUGCUAAAAACAAAAAACUUGAAGAAGUCCAAUCCUCCUGCAAUUAGAUUGUUACACAGUGUUAACAUUUGAAAUGAGCAAUAAUUGAAAUACUAUUUAAUAACAUGUACAGUACAGACCAAAAGUGUGGACACACCUUCUCA